UAAAGCCGUCUUCUUUUGCCACAUCAACAAUCCUAAUGUUCAUUGAUGUUAUCUGAUAACUGUUAUUAAUGUUAAUUAACUGGCCCCUGGCCUCCUUUAAUUUUUCAAAAGUGGCCCCCUGGACAAAGUUGAGUACCCCUGGUCUAAGGAUUAAGGGUUUGUAGCUCUUGUUAUUCACUGUAAAGCCCUUUGAAACAAAUCUGUGAUUCUGGGCUCUAUAAAUAAAAUUAAUCGAGUUGACUGAAGCCCUGUGCAAAUGGUGGAGGUAAUCUCUGGUCACACUUGGAUCACUGAUUGUCUUAUUAAAUUUACUGUGUCCAAACUAAUUUCUAUCCUACUGAUGCUCGAUUAUGUCCAGCCACUUACCUUUCAUACUGUUUAAAUAUCUUAAGCCACGCCCCCUGCCUGACUUCCGGAUCGUAACCUUACCUGAGGUUGUGAAGAGGGCUGUAGUCACAACAAUAAACUGGCGGUCUGUCUAAUGUGGCUAUAAAGUCACAGUUAAAACAAUAAAAACAAUCUGAAUAGAGUCGGGACUUGCUGUCUUCUGCUUUCAGCACAAUGAAUGUGAGGAGAGUGGAAAGGACAGUUCUGAGUGUGGAGCAGUCGGAGGGAGUUGGUGCUCGUGUCCGCAGGAGCAUUGGUAGAAAGGAGCUGAGAAACCUGGAUCCUUUCCUGAUGUUGGAUGAGUUUAAAGUGAGCAAGCCGGCAGGUUUUCCAGACCAUCCUCACAGAGGAUUUGAGACGGUAACAUAUGUUUUAGAAGGGAUCACAGCCCACGAAGACUUCUGUGGCCAUUCAGGACAACUGAAACCUGGAGAUCUGCAAUGGAUGACUGCAGGACGGGGUGUGGUCCAUGCUGAGAUGCCCAUGUCAGAGGAGCCGGUGGUGGGAUUACAGCUGUGGGUGAACCUGCCAAGACGAGACAAGAUGGUGGAACCAGCGUACCAGGAACUUAAAGGCUCUGAGAUCCCCAAACCCAGCCAGGGAGGAGUUACAGUCGCUGUGAUAUCUGGAGAGGCUUUAGGAGCAAAGUCUAAAGUCUUCACAAGGACACCAACCUUGUACUUGGACUUCAGACUGCAGGCAGGGGCCCUGCAUAUGCAGCCAGUCCCCUCAGGAUGGACUACAUUUAUCUACACACUCUCAGGAUCCAUUCAUGUUGGCCCAGAUCAGGAGCAGCAGAAGGUCGAGCCCCAUCACACUGUGGUGUUUGGAGAUGGAGACUGUGUCAAAGUUCAAAACAAGGGUUCUGAAGUUUCCCAUUUUGUGCUGAUCGCUGGAUUACCAAUCAAAGAGCCUGUGGUACAACAAGGUCCAUUUGUAAUGACAACAGAAGAAGAGAUCAGGCAGGCUAUCAGGGACUACCAGACCGGCAGAAAUGGCUUUGAAAGGGCUGUAAACUGGAGGUCCAAGAUCAGAGACUCUUUCUGAACACUUAAGUUUGCACUCAUGGCCCUGGUGAAAUUCUUUGCCUUAGUUGUUUGCUUCUAUAGGAGCACAUUUAUAGAGAUAUGUAUUCGGUAAAUAUUUGAAUAAUGGCAAAAGUAUGAUGUUUUUUAGUGUAUGUGCUGUAUGUGUUUACAGGACAUUUAGUACUUUCCAUCCUCUAUUUGAACUCUUUACGUAGUGCUUUCGUGUAGGAGUGGACGACAUGCCGCAUUGUUAGUAGUGUAGUAGUUUACCCCUUUCUUGUAAAAUAUAGAUUUUUAUGGAAAAUGCUCCUAACCUAUGUCCACGCCCCUUGUUAAAUUUAAGGUUUAUUACAUUUUCCUUCUGCUGUUUUAAAUAACAGUGUAACAGAGUUGUUAUGACUUUUAUUUUUGACAUUUUUUAAUGUAUGCAAGUUGUUUUGCAUACAUUGUUGUUAUGAAGAUUAUUUAGCAUCAUAUGAGUAAGUAUAAAGGUUUUACAAAUGAUUUGAUGUUUGACACAUUAAUGUGACAUGGAAUUUGCUAAAGAGACAUUAACCUAAUUUAUCCGGCUGCUGUAAAACAAAAGGAAUCAAGCUGCUUGAUAUCACAUGACCUCAAUAACCAAAAAUCUUUACAGACCACAUUAAAGUAUUGUUGUUGUUAUGUCAUAAAUAUUA